GCACACUCCUCCUCAGCUCAUCUAUUGCUAUAUUAAACAUAUUUCUGCCCUAUCUGUUUUACGUUAGGCUAAUUUGGAAAUUAAGGACUGUUUUUAUUUGGAACUAUUCAGUGAAAUGCUGAAGAAAAGGUUUGACACGUAUAUUUUCUUCUGCUUGUGGAGCAUGUCUGGUGUGUUUGGUGCUGAUGAAGUGAAGUCAGUGUCAGUGUUGGAGGGAGAUUCUGUCACUCUAAACCCUGAUCUCACUCACAUACAGAAAGGUGAUCUAAAGUGGAAGUUUGAACAGUUUUUCAUAGCUAAAAUCAACAUAGAGAACAAUGAAAGGACAUAUCAUAAUGAUAGUGCUGGUGGGAGAUUCAGAGGCAGACUGGAGCUGGAUCAGACUGGAUCUUUGAGCAUCACAAGCACCACAACUGAACACACUGGACUUUAUGAAGUAUACAGCAGGAAAAACAACAAUAUCCCACUCUACAAAUUCAGUCUUACUGUCUAUGCUCAUCUGCCUGUUCCUGUCAUCAUCAGUGACUCUCCAAAUAGUUCUUCAUCAUCAUCAUCUGAACGUUCAUCAGUGUCCAAAUGUUCAUUGUUGUGUUCAGCUGUGAAUGUGAGUCAUGUGACUCUCUCCUGGUACAGAGGACACAGUUUAUUGUCCAGCAUCAGUGCGUCUGAUCUCAGCAUCAGUUUCUCUCUACCUCUGGAGAUCAAGUGUGUGGAUGAUUCUUACAGCUGUGUGCUCAACAAUCCCAUCAGCAAGCAGACUAAUCUUCUCAACAGCACUGAACUCUGUCAGCCUUGCCCAGAACCUCUCCACUGUUGUGGUUUUACUGAAGCUGUGAUCCGAUUGGUUCUCUCUACUCUGGUGGGCGUGACUGCUCUUGCUGUGCUGGUUUAUGACAUCAGAUCCAGAAGUCUUCAGCAGAAGAGCCUGAAGACAUCACAAUCACACACUAAUUAAUGAGACAGUAGAGAUGCUCAUGAUUGA